AUGAACUCUGGCAACUGCGGCAAUUUCGUUUUUCGGAGCUGGUUCGCAUGUUGGUUAAUGCUACUAAGAGCAUAACUGGUUUUUCCAAUUACAAGAAGACGCUUCACAUAGAGUCAUAUGGCAUCUGGGAAUUCUGUGAUCGUAACAAGUCAAAUAAAUGUAUCAUCUACGUCAGUGUUGGCGACGGAAAGUUCAUGUCAAAAUAGUAUAGCUAUAUCGGAUUCUCCUCGUCAUCACACUGUCCCACACGGUGAAGCUCAUCCCCCUCCUACGCAACUUAUCAAGUUAAACUCUCUCGCUGGCCCGUCAGUUUCAAGGAAAGAAAAACUUCAUACAUCUUCUCGAUUCGGUGCUCCAAAGAGUCGUGAACUUAAUCCUUUACCUCUUAUUAAAGAUUCUGACAAUCAAGAAAAGCGAGAGGAGCUAUUUAUUCAGAAACUAAAACAAUGCUCAGUUGUAUUUGAAUUUGUACCGGAUAUUUUAAGUGAUUUAAAAGAUAAAGAGGUGAAACGAGCAGCUCUGCACGAAUUAACUGAAUAUCUGACGGAAAAUUCCGGCAUAAUUACAGAUUCAAUAUAUCCAGAAGUGGUUCGAAUGGUUGAAGCCAACCUAUUUCGUACAUUACCACCACCAAGUAAUCCAUCUGGUGCAGAAUUUGAUCCAGAAGAGGAUGAGCCAACGUUGGAGGCUGCUUGGCCUCAUUUACAACUGGUAUAUGAAUUCCUACUUCGUUUCAUUGAAUCUCCGAAUUUUCAACCAAACGUUGCUAAGCGUUAUUUCGAUACAAAAUUUGUAUUACAGCUAUUAGAAUUAUUCGACAGUGAAGAUCCUCGUGAACGUGAUCUUGUCAAAACUAUUUUACAUCGUGUAUAUGGGAAAUUUCUUGGAUUACGUGCAUUUAUCCGUAAACAAUUUGGUAACAUAUUUUAUAAGUUCAUUUAUGAAACAGAAGUUCAUAAUGGAAUUGCUGAACUUUUAGAAAUUUUAGGCAGUAUCAUUAAUGGAUUUGCAUUACCAUUAAAAGAAGAACAUAAAAUAUUUUUAAUGCGUGUAUUACUUCCAUUGCAUAAAGUUAAAUCAGUUAGUAUCUAUCAUGCACAAUUAGCAUAUUGUGUUAUACAAUUUUUAGAAAAAGAUCCAACACUUACUCAACAGGUUGUUCUUAGUUUAUUAAAAUUUUGGCCAAAAACUCAUAGUCCUAAAGAAGUGAUGUUUUUAAAUGAAUUAGAAGAAAUACUUGAUGUUGUUGAUCCAUCAGAAUUUCGUAAAAUUAUUCGACCACUUUUUACACAAUUAGCUAAAUGUGUAUCAUCUCCUCAUUUUCAAGUUGCAGAACGUGCAUUAUACUUUUGGAGUAAUGAUUAUAUCCUGCAAUUAAUGCAUGAUCAUGUUGAAGAAAUUCUACCUAUAAUGUUUCCUGCUUUAUAUCGUACAAAAGAACAUUGGAAUAAAACAAUUCAUGGACUUGUAUACAAUGCUCUUAAAUUAUUCAUGGAAAUGAAUCAAAAACUUUUUGAUACUUGUACACAACGAUAUAAAGAAGAAAGACAAAAAAGUAGAGAAGAAGCUAAACGUCGUGAACGUGUAUGGGCUACAUUAAGUGAAACUGCCAAAGGUAAUCCAUUAUACGCUGUGGUUAUGAAAGAAGCAUCAGUUUCAAAUAGAGAAUUACCAAAUUCAGUUGCGUCUAAUUCCAUUUCAUCAUCAUCAUCAUCUCCCAUGGGUGACCAUUGUGUAAAUAAUGGGACUCCAUCUACAACUAGUAACAAUAUUGAUAAUGAUGAUGGUUCUCUUGGUCAAGAUGAAGAUGUUAGCGGUUCAUUGAUGAAUCUUCAACGUGAAGCGGAAGAUGAUACGGAACUUCGUGGUAUCAUUAAUGAACGACGUCGUGAUAAACUUCCUAUGAUUCAACGAAAAUCAGAGCUUCCUCAUAGUCAAACUACUCUUCGUGCUCUUGAACAACAUCGUCGUCCAGAUGAGUAUUUAAAAACUCAACCGGAUAGUUAAAGUUUACAAGAAGAAAAAAAAUGACUAUUUUUUUUCUAAAACUAAAAUAAUCAACAUUAUUAUUAUUAGCUAAGUAUCCCGGUCUCAACAGUUUUUGUUUUUGGCACACACACACACACUGCAUACAUACAUACAUACAUACAUACAUGCAUACACACACACACACUUGUGAAUGUAAAAAAAAUACAAACAUAUAGUAUAGAGUAUAUGCUUCAGUUGUUUUUUUCCCCUCCACAGAUAUAGCAAACUGUUGAGAUGUCACUUUCUCUAAAACUCUUCAGUGUUAAUUCUAUUUAGUUAAUUCAUCCGUUUAUCUUGUGUGUUUGUUUGUUUCUAUGACAUUUAUUGUCGCCGUCGUCGUCUUCGUUGUUGUUGUUACACAAUGAAUAUUCUUUUCAUUGUUCCUUUUUUUGUGUUUACUAUGGCCUUUCAAUCUUCUUCUUGUUCUAAUCAUUUGACAUGCUUGUAUUAUGUUUAAUCAUCUUUCCACCCCUCUCUGUCCACCCCACCCCACCCCCCUCCGUUUUUUUCCAGCACAAAUAUCAAAUAAUGAUGAAACAAUAAAAAAAAGUAAGAUUUCACUUUAACUCCGUAUUCCAGUUUAUUGUUUUACUCCUUUUUCUUGUUUGUGUGUUUGUUUGUUUGUUUAUUUUACUUGUUUCAUAUUUAAAAUCAAUUUGUUUAGGUAAGUAUACUAUAAUUACUAAGUAAAAUGUGUCAUAUUAUAUAACUUCCAAUAAUCUUGGAUAGAAACUAACGUGUGUUUUGUUUGUUUAUUACUUUUUCUUCCCCCUUCCCCCCUCCUUUAUUAUUAUUAUUAUUAUUAUUAUUAUUAUUAUUUAAUUUUGACUUGAACUGAUCAAGUUCACAUAUGAAUUGUGCAAACAUUGAUAACCACCUAGUCAUAAGUAGGAAUAUUUUUUAUUAUUAUUGUUCUAUCUAUAUUAUUAUAACUUUGAAUAGGUAUGUUGUUUCUCAGGUCACUUACUUUCUCUCUCUCUCUCUGUCCCCCCCGUCUCUCUAUCUCUCUCUCUCUUUAACAUGUAUCACUGAUUGAUUGAUUGAUUGAUUAAAGUGAAUAGGUAACAUUUGUCUGUUGUGAAUAUGUGAUCUUGUUUAUUUUUGUUUUUGUUUUAUUAUAAUAAGUUUCAAUUUGUCUAUUUAUAUUCUUAUUAAUAAUUUGAUCAAUUUCUAUUUUUCAGUUAAUAAGUAGUAUCAUUUUAUUAUUAGAUGGUGGUAUACAUGUAAUUGUUGAUUAUAUAUGUAGUGUAACUUGUUCUCUUUCUAUUUUGUCUUCUUUUUGUUCUUUUUAUUAUUCUUAUUUCAUUUUUACAACAGACAACAUUUAUUGCAUAUAUUUGUGUAAUCAUUUGUAUUCAAAUAACUGAUAUACAUAUAUAUAUAUAUAUAUAUAUUAAGAAACAAGCCUAACAACAAAUAGCUGAUUUAUAGUUGAAGUUGUUUUUCACGCUCAGGAUCAGACUGCACUGUUCAUCAUCGCGGUUGGUUGGCCAGGAUCAAGUUUGUUUGACCUCCUGGUGAUAUGUACUAUAGGACUAAUCCCCUCAAAUACCGUGGUACGGCCGAGAGUGGGGUUGAUCAGCCCUCCCACUCGAAAUCCUCUCACAUGACCACGCGUAUAUAGCCUCUGACAGGG